CUCGUCGAGCUUUAUCCGAAACCGCCUCAAUUUUGGUCAUCGUCUCCGAAUCUAGCUAGUGUUUUGAAGAACAACACUACACAGCUCUGAGAGAAGAUGGGUCACUCGAACAUCUGGAACUCGCAUCCCAAGCCCUAUGGCCCUGGAUCGCGUACUUGCCGCGUCUGUGGGAACCCUCAUGGGUUGAUCAGGAAGUACGGUCUCAUGUGUUGCAGGCAGUGCUUCCGCAGCAACGCCAAGGAAAUCGGUUUCAUCAAGUAUCGCUAAGUGGUUGAAGUCAAGCACAAAUGGAGCUGCACUGGAGAACUUUUUUCAUAUCAUAAGAUUUUGUUAUUUCCACUGCCUAGAAGUACUAUUUUAGUAUCUGGACCUUAUCAAAAAA